AAGCUAUACUUCAGAAUGCGCCGAAGAUUUGAUUGCUCUAUCAGCUAAUUUGAAAUGAUACUACUAUGUUCCUUGGAUGUUUAUUGACAUAUAAAUGUGUUAUGGACUAAAUAUUUCACUGAAUUGGAUUGACUGGACCCUUUAUAGUGUAACUACACCAUUUUUGUUGGAAUGUUUUGGAUCAGUGGACUAUCAGGAGGCUUCAUAGGGUGGGUGUCUGACGCUAAAAACUGCAAUGAUACAGAAAAUGCUGCAGCUUAUGACGCACUUUUUGAACAUCUUGGCUUGGACAAGAAUGACAAUCAAAAGCGGCCCUUGUAUUAUGGGGAUGCUACCCGUGUUUUUGUGGAACUAUAUGUGACCUCUAUCAUAGAUGUGAAUGAAAAAGCCCAAAGCCUCACGAUACAGGUCAAAAUGAUAACUGCUUGGAUAAAUAUAAAGAUGGAUUGGAACAGCCAUGAAUUUUGUGGAAUGAAUACAUUUUCAGCCCGGAAAGACAUGGUUUGGACUCCAGACAUUGUUAUAGCAGAAAGCAUCAAGACAGAUUUUGGAACAAAGGAGUCUCCAUAUGUGCAGUUCUACAGUUAUGCCUUUACAGUCUUGUCGGACAUUUUAGUUCUGACUACAGCCUGUAAGAUGGACCUGCACAAGUUUCCAUUCGACAUCCACAGCUGCAAUCUGACGCUUCAAUCUUCAGCAUAUUCAAUUGAGGAGCUUAAAGUUCUAACAUUUGCAGAUUCAGAGUGGGUAACGCACGAGUCGAAGCAGACCUUUCAGGCCCAGGGAGAGUGGGAGCUCCUCAGUAUAAAUAUGGUUAAGUCUAAUAUUUCUGUGGGAUAUGAAUGGGAUAUGAAGGAUCAGCUGAUAUAUCAGAUCACCAUAAAGAGGAGACCUCUGCUGUAUGUCAUCAACAUCAUACUUCCAGUAUUUUUCUUUCUUGUGUUGGAUGUGAUGUCCUUCUUCAUAGACGCAAGUGGAACAGACAAGUUGAGCUUUAAAGUGACUUUACUGCUGUCUAUUUCUGUGUUGCUGCUGAUUCUAAAUGACACGCUGCCCUCUACAGCUGAUAAAAUCCCACUGAUUGGGAUUUACUGCAGUGUGAUUUUCAGUCUAAUUGGCAUCAGCAUUCUGGAGACCAUCCUUGUGAAUUUUCUGAUGGCCAGAGGAGCAGAGAAGAGAUCAGCAGCAUCAAUAGAAACCACAACUGCUGAAGAGGACCCACCAAGCCCUGAAACCAUUCUCCCUCCUUCCUGUGUGGUUGGCGCCAUCACUUGGGAAAUUGAGUCAGUGAUUCGGGAGGUUCAACGCACCCAACCCGAUCCAGGCAAUGGGCCUCCUGGACGUUUGUUUUUCCCCAAUGCUGUUCGUUCCCAAGUCCUCCAGUGGGCACGUGCAUCCCAGUAUGCUUGGCACCCUGGUUCUAGUCGCACUCUUAACCUCCUUAAACGACAUUUCUGGUGGGGCACUAUGGACAAGGAUACUCGAGAAUUUGUCAAUGGCUGCUCUGUGUGUGCAUCUCAUGAGACCACUGACCUCCUUGUCCAGCAUGAUUUCCGGCUUCAUGGCAUCCCUCUAGAUAUUGUCUCAGACCGUGGGCCCCAAUUUGCAUCUCCGGUUUGGAAAGCCUUCUGCCAUGUGCUUGGUGCUACUUACAGGAGAAUGACAUUGCUGUUCCAUCAGUUCAAGUCCACAUCCAUCACUGUCGUAAGAUCUGGAGGGAAGCCCGGUCUGCCCUGCUCCAUUCAGCUAAUCGUAAUCGCCACCAUGCUGACCGUCGUCGAAUCCCUGCACCCAUUUAUCAACCAGAUCAGAAAGUUUGGCUUUCUUCUAAAGACAUUCCUUUAA